AUGGGUAAGGUAUCUAAAGCUACUAAAAAGUUUCAGUCGAAACAUUUGAAACACACUCUAGAUCACAGGAGGAAAGUUAAGGACCACAACAAAAAGAUCCAAGGACGCAGAGGCAAUAAGUCUGAAGAAGAAAAGAGAAAUGCUUCACUCACCAAGGAAGAACAGAAGAUGCUGAAAUCUGCGAAAGAGGAGGUUUUCAAGGACAUGAGUGUAGAAGAUUUCUUUGCUGGAGGAUUUGAUGUGCCAAAAGAGACGAAAGCUGCAAAGAAGCUUAGAAAGAAGACGGAGGACGAGGAAGAAUCUGCGUCUUCGUCUGAGGAAGAAGACAUGGAGGCUAACAUGGCUCAAUUGGCAGAAAAGGAUCCUGAAUUUUAUAACUAUUUGCAAGACAAUGAUAAAGAGCUCUUGGAAUUCAAAUCGAGUAAUCCGCUGGAUGGAAUCAGCGAUGAUGACGAAGAUGGGUCCAAGAGCGAUGAUGAUGGAAAUCAAAAUGACAUCGCUGAGGAGAGGGAACGUGUUGAUGGUAAUAAAUUGUCUGAAUCUGAAAAGGUUGAAGUAGACUUGAAGCUUGUUAAGGCCUGGAAGAAAGACUUGAACUCUUUGAGUAUAAAGUUGAUAAGAAACAUUACCUCUGCAUUUAAAGCAGCUGUUAAUGUGAACAAAGAAGGUCUGGUGGAUGAGUACAAAUAUGCUGUCCUCGAUGAAAAAGCAUUUCAUGAACUUAUGUUUGUAGCGUUGAAAGAUUUGCCAGAGGCCAUCCAGAAGAAAUUUCCCUACAAAAUCUCUAAAGGUGUGAGGGUAUUACCUUCCAAUCCUACUGUUACUAAAAUUGCUGGCAUUUUGAAGUCGCAUGCAUCAACUUUAAUAACUUUGCUACAUGAUAUCACUAAUACCGAAACAGCUGCACUUGUUUUGCACUCUAUUGACCAAGUCCUUCCAUACUUCAUCUCUCACAGAAGAAUUUUGAAAGAACUCAUCAAGAAUGUCGUUGAGGUAUGGGCAACCACAAAAGACAUUGAAACUCAAAUUGCAACUUUUGCAUUUCUAAACAACGUAUCAAGAGAGUUUAAGAAGUCGAUUCUAGAUUUGGUACUCAAAACAACUUAUUCCAGUUUCAUUAAGAGUUGUCGUAAGACAAAUAUUCGCACGAUGCCUUUAAUCAAUUUUCAGAAGAACUCAUCCGCAGAACUCUUCGGGGUGGAUGAAGUUUUGGGUUAUCAGAUAGGUUUUGAGUAUAUCAGACAAUUAGCCAUCCAUUUGAGAAACAGUAUCACUACUUCGACCAAACAGUCUUCGAAGACGAAUCCUGCAGAGGCUUACAAAGUCGUUUACAAUUGGCAGUUUUGUCACUCUUUAGACUUCUGGUCUCGUGUCUUGUCCAUUCAAUGUAAUCCUGAAAAGGAAAAUGGAAAAGAAUCUGCUUUGAGGCAGUUGAUAUAUCCUUUAGUCCAAGUUACUAUUGGUGUCAUAAGACUUAUUCCAACCGCUCAAUUUUUCCCUCUCAGGUUUUACUUGAUUAGAUCUCUUAUCAGACUUUCUCAGAACACCGGAGUAUUUAUUCCAAUUUACCCGCUGUUGUCUGAAAUUCUGUCCUCAACUGCAUUCACUAAGCAACCAAAGAAGAAAUCUACUUUGCCAGCUUUCGAUUUUGAUCAUAACAUCAAGUGUAAUCAGGCUUACUUGGGUACCAGAGUCUAUCAAGAUGGUUUGGCAGAGCAAUUUGUGGAAUUGCUUGGGGAAUUCUAUGUUCUUUAUUGCAAGAAUGUGUCUUUCCCAGAAUUGACUAGCCCAGCUAUUAUUGCUUUGCGCAGAUAUAUCAAAUCAUCAAAAAAUGUCAAAUUUAACAAACAACUUUCAAACACCAUUGAGAAAUUGACUCAAAAUGCCCAAUUCAUAGAGAACAAGAGAUCUGAGCUUGACUUUGGUCCUACCAAUAGAGCGCAAGUGGAUCAAUUUUUGAGCGAUUUGUCCUGGGAAAAGACCCCUCUAGGUUCUUUUGUUAGCGUUCAAAGAGAAGUCAGGGAAGAGAAGGCUAGAAUUCUAAGAGAGAGUAUGGCAGAGGAAGAAGACGAAGAAGAGAAAAACACAAAUAGGGGGGAUGUAAGCGAUAUGGACGUCGAAAUGUCUGAUGCAUCUGAAGAUGCCGAGGACUGA